AUGCCCAAACGUACCAAAGUCCCCGCUGCGUUGCAUUCUGAACUCUCAGAGUAUGCUGCCUUAUUACGUGCACUUCGGACCAAUGACGCGCUCGAUCUGGCAUCGCAGUUAACGCGUGCCAGCGCGACACCAGCUCCUGAAGAUGAUCAGAUGUACCAGGACAAGGAUGGGAACGAGCUUGACAAGCCGUUACCUGAGUCUGCGCCUCAAGAAGACCUUGUGGAGGACGUCUACGCCAUGUCAGCCUCGGUAACGCACGGACGGAAACGCAAGCGGGCUGGUGACGCGUCCUCGAAAAGAAGGAAGGGCAAAGCGAAGGCACGUGAUACGUGGACGCGAUGGCCGCUGCUGGCUGGCGACGUGCAUGUGCCGGAAUGGGGUCUCGAGGACGAGGUCAAGCUGUUCGCGACGACACAUUUAUGCUCUAUGUCUUCUGCGUCUGACCAUGGUCACCAACCACUUGUCAACGAUGAAGAUGAUGUCGAAGACACUGGCUUGCCAUCCUCUACCAUCAAUGUCUUAACGUCUGAGUCUGCCGACCAUCUGUCGCGUAUUCUCGCGCUCCUUGCUGCCCAUGUUCCCCCUGGUGAGAAGAUUAUGCAAAAUCGUGUGCGGCCUCUCGGUUGGGAGGCCGUCCUCGAUGUCGUGGGUGCAAGUGGACUGGUUGACGCCAAUAUUGUCCAGAACGUUCAACGUCGUCUGCAAACCGUAUAUGGUCCAACCUCCUCCAAUGUGGUUGACCGUGUGCAGACUACAUCUUCAGUUGAGAUGAGACUGGACGGUGUUUGCUCUUCGCAUGAUCUUAGUUUUCUAACGCUUUCUGGCUUCGAUCCUACAAAUUCGCUACCUAAACGCCCUACUAGACUGUCAUUCGUGACCAAAUACCUCACAGGGCAAUAUUGUUCCUCACAAUACCCGUAUUGUGUGAUUUGUUUUGUUGGUGGUUGGUAG